AUGGUGAGGCAUAAUAAUCAGUUACCAAAUAAUUUGACGCAGUUGCAAAAUUUAAUUAAGAGGGAUCCAGAAUCCUACAAGGAAGAAUUUCGUCAGCAACUUGCUCAUUUUGAAACUACGUUAGAAAUCUUCAACUUGAAUCCCACACAAUAUAACAAAAAACUAGAUGAACAAGCAAUGUUUCUGGCACAAGUAGCUCAGUGUUAUCUGAGUGAAAUGAAACAAUUUCCGCAAAGAAUUAUAGAUAUUUUGAAAACGCAUAACACGAUACUUCAUAAUGACAUGCGUCUUUCCUUAUGUAAAUGUUUAAUUUUACUAAGAAACAAACAUUUCAUAACAGCUUUCGACUUACUAGAACUAUUUUUCCUGCUACUAAAAUGUCAAGAUAAACAGUUGAGAGAAUUCUUGAAGACUCAUAUAACAACUGAUAUAAAAAACAUGAAUAAGAAACAUAAAGAUAUGAAGUUUAAUUCAACAUUACAAAACUUUAUGUUUUCAAUGCUGCAAGAUUCCCAUCCUAAAGCUGCUAAACUAUCACUGGAUAUAUUGGUUGAAUUAUAUCACAAAAACAUUUGGAAUGAUCAGAAGACUGUAAACAUUAUUGCUGAUAUUGGAUGUUUUUCUAAAAUUACUAAAGUCAUGGUGGCCUCGCUUAAAUUUUUCUUGGGAAGAGAUGAGGAAGAGAAAGAAGAAAACUCAGAUAGUGAUGAUGAAAUUGAUCCCAGAGAUACUAUGAUAUCAAAUAAAUUUAAUAAGAAAACACGGAAAAGGGAAAAAAUGGUUGAAAAAGUUAAAAAACAGGCUAAAAAACUGAAGAAGAAAAAACAAAAAGCACCUGCAUUUAAUUUCUCUGCUCUACACCUCAUAAAUAAUCCUCAAGGGUUUGCUGAAAAAUUGUUCAAGAAGUUAGAAUCAUCAAAUGACAGGUUUGAAGUGAAAUUGAUGCUACUGGAUGUAAUUUCUAGGUUGGUAGGUUUACAUAGCUUAUUUCUUUUUAACUAUUAUCCAUUUAUUGCAAGAUUACUGCUGCCACAUCAAAGGGAAGUAACCAGAAUUUUGCUCUUUGCUGCUCAAGCUUCACAUGAAUUAGUUCCACCUGAAGUUAUAGAACCGGUCAUGAAAGCUAUUGCAAAUAAUUUUAUAACAGAGAGAAACACCACUGAUGUCAUGGCAGUAGGUCUUAACGCUGUUAGAGAAAUAUGUGCCAGAUGUCCACUUGCUAUUGGUGAAGACUUACUAAGAGAUUUGGUACAAUAUAAGAAUUAUAAAGAAAAGUCAGUUAUGAUGGCUGCCAGAUCAUUAAUUCAACUGUACAGACACUCUAUGCCUGAUAUGCUUCAGAAAAAAGAUAGAGGUAAACCAACAGAAGCAACUAUAGAAUUAAAAAAUAAGAAAUAUGGUGAAAUGGAAAUUAAAAGCUAUAUUCCUGGAUCAGAAGUGCUAUUAGAAAAAGAAGAAAUAAAGGAAAAAGACAAAAAGAAAGGUAAUAAAGGCAAAAAGAAAAAAGAUGAUUCUGAUAGUGAUGAAUGGGUUGAUGUUGCAUCUUCUGAUUCAGAAAUAGAAAUAUCAGACAGUGAUGAAGAAGAUUCUAACAAUGAAGAAGUAGAAGAAGAAGCUGAGGGUGAAAAAGAUGGUGAUGAGGAAUUUGAAGAAAAGUCACAAAAUAAUGAUGAAAUUAAUAAAGAUCUGCAAGAUAGAAAGAUAUUAAAACCAAAAAGAAAACUAGACAGCAAGGAUAUGGAGGAAAAAGUACAAAGUGCCAGAGAAAUUGCUAUGGAAACUAUUUUUACUGAUGAGGAUUUCAAACGCAUUGCAGCAGCACAGCUUAAAAAAAGUAUUAGUGGCACUAAAAGAAAGAGUGAUGUGUUAGAAGAAGAGAAUGAAUCUUCAGAACUUGUACAACUAGCUGCUAUUGAAAAUAUUCAUAAGAAAAAGAAACAUGACUACAAUGCACGACUAGAGACCGUUAUGAAAGGUAGAGAGGAUCGUGAUAAGUUUGGAUACAAAGAUAGACGAAAGAAUAUACAUUGCUCUAAAACUAACAGGGAGAAAAGGAAGACCAAGAACUAUCAAAUGGUAAAACAUAAAGCCAAAGGCAAAAUUAAGAGAUCUUUCAAGGAUAAACAGAUUGCUUUUAGAAAUUAUUUGAUUAAGCAAAAGAAAAUGCGUUAA